CGGCGGCAGUUGGCAGCGACACCGGACUGAAUAUCGCCGAAAGCUCCGCAGCGGGGAGCGAGUGCGCGCGCGCCAGUACCCCUCCGACCAGCGAUGCUGUGCUGUCUCCGGAAAUAGAUGUAGAUGUAGGAAUAUUCUCGUCCGUAGAUCGGUGGUUCGGGUGCGCGUGUGUGAGUGCAAAUGACUGAUAGCCCGACUUAGCCGGGCUGGAACUGUACAAAAUGUGGACCAAAAGGCAGUUAUGGAGGUAUAUGUUGUGCAUACUGUUCGCCGUGUCGGCGCUGGCCGCGGCAGCGAGAGCUGAUGACGUGCCGUCAGAGUCACAGUGCCGACCUUACAUCGAGAAAGCUCUUAAAGAGCUCGAAAGCGACACAGAUACAGAUUCCUCAGAAAAACACGACAGUAGUGAAGUAAGUAUAGGCAUCGAAACGAAAGAAGCAGAUUCAGCAGAAGAUAGUGAGGACAGUAAGGAAGAUGGGCCAUCGGUUGAAGUAGCUGACGAGCCAUACGUUGCUCAUGCUUCGAUAGAAGUGGAAGGUGGAGCCAACGACAACGAAUCGAAAGAAGAGGAAGCGACGGUAGAGGACGCUGAGAGCGCAGAAGGCGAUGCGGAGGACAGCAAAGAAGGAGACAGCAAAGAAGAUGGAGAAGCAUCAGCUGAAGAUAAAACAGCCGAAUCAGAAAGCGGCGAAGACAAGGACGAGACUCAAACCGACGAAUCUCAAGACAGCCAGGAAGACGGUGGGGAAGACGAUGACGCUGACAGCAAAGAAACUCAAGAAUCAGAAAAGGACUCUGAAGACGCUUCCGAAGAAAAAGCAUCAGAUGAUGAUGAUGACGACAACAAAUCUGAUGAAGCUGCAGACGCUUCUGAAGAACAGGUAGAAGAAAGUGAUGACUCUAAAGCCUCAGAAGAUGGCGAUGGAUCUCAAGAAAAGGCUGAAUCUGAAGAAGAUACGGCUGAAGACAAGGAUGCAUCUAAGGAAGAUACUACAGCCGAGGACAAAGAUGAAUCCGCUGAACAAGGUGAUACGAAAGAAGAAGAUGCUUCCCAAGAAGACGAUAAGUCGGGAGAAAAUCAAGAUGAUUCAGCGGAAGAACAGGACGAUGAACCUCAAGCUGAUAAACUAUCAAAAGACGAUGACGAUGAUAAGUCCGGAGAAGAAACAGCUGAAGUUGAUGAGAAGUCGGGCGAAGAUGGAGAAUCCGCUGAGGGUGAAGAAGAUUCGACAGAAGAAGAAGCAGCUGAGGAAGAGUUGCUAAAUGUUCCUGAUAUCCCCAAGAAUUUAAGGUCUCGAGAUCACAUUGCCCAAAUACUCAGAUUAGACGAAGAAGCAAGUGAAGCUGAAUUGACCAUAGAAAGAUCUGCUGAAAUUGUGCUCAGAGAUAUUAAAAGAUUGUACGAAAAUUCAAUUAAACCAUUAGAAACUCUUUACAAGUACAGAGAUUUGAGCAACAGACAUUUCGGUGACCCAGAAAUAUUUUCAAAGCCACUCGUUUUAUUUAUGGGACCGUGGAGUGGUGGAAAAUCUAGCAUUUUGAACUACUUGACGGGGCUCGAAUUUACAGAGUGGGCUCUGAGAACAGGUGCUGAGCCAUCUCCUGCAUACUUUAAUAUUCUAAUGCACGGAAAGGAUCCAGAAGUACUCGAUGGCACUCAGCUUGCCGCCGACUGGACUUUCUCGGGACUUCAAAAGUUCGGUCAGGGUCUAGAAGAGCGACUAAGAGGGCUCAGGCAUCCCAGCAAAAUAUUGGAGAAGGUGAACAUCGUAGAGAUCCCGGGUAUCCUGGAAGUCAGGAAACAAGUUUCUCGCGUGUUCCCCUUCAACGACGCUUGCCAGUGGUUCAUUGAUCGGGCUGACAUUAUCUUCCUCGUCUAUGAUCCUUCUAAGCUUGACGUUGGUCCAGAAACAGAAGCUAUCCUUGACCAAUUGAAGGGCAGGGAAUCCCAGACUCGCAUCGUGCUGAACAAGGCGGAUACCGUGAAGCCUGAAGAAUUAAUGCGUGUGCAGAGCGCAUUAAUUUGGAACAUCUCUCCUCUCAUGAGCUCCGCUCAACCUCCAGUGAUGUACACGGCAUCUUUGUGGUCGAUGCCGUUCGAGGCGGGGGCGCCCGUCAGGCUGCUGCAGGCACAGGAACGAGAGCUCCUGCGAGAUCUGCGACAAGCCAUCGACAAACGCGUUGAAAACAAGAUCUCCAGCGCGAGGAGAUUUGCCGUUCGGGUGCGCAAUCACGCUAAGAUGGUCGACUGCUACUUAACAACUUAUUACAACCACAAGACGAUAUUCGGAAACAAGAAGCUUAUUGCCGACGCUAUCAUUGAAAAUCCACAAAACUACCACAUCUACGAGGGUCUCAGCACACUCACCAACAUUUCCAGAUACGACUUGCCGGAUCCUGAGACAUACCGAGACUUCUUCCGUCUGAACCCGCUGUACGAGUUCCAGCAACUGUCGGCGACGUGCACGUACUUCCGCGGCUGUCCUAUCAACAAGCUCGACGUGGCCAUCGCGUACGACCUCCCAGAGAUCGUCGGCAAAUACAAGAAGAUGGUGGAGACUUCCACGCCCCAGGGCAUGCCCAAGAGUUGAUACCGUCGCUAACGAACGAAAUCCGCGCACCGCGCCGUCCUAACCUGCUUUUUAUUUUAGAUAUUUAAAUUGGACAUUUAUUUUGGGCACAUUUUGCAUUUCUUUUUUAAUCGGGCAUCAGGAUAAUUAGUUUUCUUAAAAUGGCAUUUCUGUUUCUUAACUUAUUUAUAUUUUGCUUUUCUGAACUUACAAUCACUUCUUCCGUUUUAUCAAAUGGAUGAGGUAUUGUGUCGUGUAAUUUUUCUAUUGUGAGUUUCUUCGUGCGUUUAGCUAUUUAGCUUGAUAAUUCCCAUCAGUUGGUACCGACAUCUUGUGAACGGGCCCAAUUUACCUACUUGCCAACGCGAAAAGGCUAAAAUAUCUGAACACUUCUCUUGCCGCAACAUAUGAUCAUCACUAUAAUGAUACAUCGACACAUAAAUAGGUGAUCGAAUGGUCGAUUAUGCAACGUGUCUCAGUGGUCAGAUGUUUUUCUUAGACUCGCGUAAUCCCCUACUGAUUCUGUCCAGUAUCGGGGGUUUAUUUUAUAGCUGAUAACACUUUACAAGACAAUUUCCAAAGUCCUAAUUAACACUUAUUAGGAAUGAGUCGCAAAACUAUUAAAUUAAUCUAGUCAUUAUAUUAAAGUUUGUUAGAGAGAUAGGUAUUGUUAUUUAUUAUUUGAAGUGAAUUCCUACAAUCCUUAGAGGACUAAUCGUGUAUCAUUUUUGUUAUCGCCUGAUUAUUUCUUUGAUAGUAAUUUAAUGAAACACAAUGUGACUAUAUAAGGAAAAAUUUAAUAAAAAUGUCAUAAAAACCGU